AUGGAUCAUCCAAAAGGAGUCUAUUUUGACUUUAUAGCGAGGAAACACUUUAUCCAUCGCGUCAUCGACAGGCGGCGCUACUACAUCAUACUCAACCCUGACAACGACUCCAACUUUCCAUACGUCUGGUUAUCGCGUCUUCAAACGGACGUCAACAUUGGACCUACGCCUGAAGAAAUCGAAUUUUUCAUCACUCGCCCUUACAACUCCUCCCGCUUAGGAUCUCUAGCACCAUUUUUCCCACACACCUCCACCAGCACCCUACAACCGCCCGCACUCACCCAACCAGCACCAUGUCGAGCCGCUGUUCCCAGCCCUCUUGUAAACAUAGCCGACAUCAUGAACCCAGCCACGGACAUGCAGACGCAGCAGCAGGCUGAUCCGACCAACCCCUAUCUUCCCAACUAUAGGGCCAACCUGUUCCCUUACAACCCCAACAACCCGUUCCGGAAGCGCACGGCAAAGCCAACCACUCAGCAAACCUCUCAGCAGCAGAACACCUGGGAGGAGAGCAAGGAGACGGCGAGCACGGUCAGCGACAGGUCGGACAUGGCGUGGCGCUUCCCUCCAGGACAGUUCUGCGGCCGCUACUCGACAAUGCCCAGCGAGGCCGGCUCCUAUGAGUGGAGUGACCUCGAGCAUCCGAUGUGCCAGCCCACGGACCCCAAGCUCCCCCUCCCCACAGCAUUCACAGACAAGGAAGAGGACGUGGAGCCGUACAUCGAUCGGAUGGCGUACUUUAUUGAGUUGCACCCUACCCGCUUCCGCGCAAACACUAAUCAGGUAUACCUGUUCCUCCAAGGUUGCACGGGCAUGCUCGGCCACCCAUGGGCUGCAGGCAUCAUGCGCUUGUACCUCAACGAGCGCCACAGGGAUGUCACACGGCCCCAGGUUGCUACACUGCAGCAGGUCGUCAUGUGUUUCCGCAAGCACUUCGGCAUUGUCGAUAAGGAGCGCUACGCCCAGGCCAAGUUUGAACGUCUCCAGCAGGGCUCCCAGAGCGUCCGCAACUACGUGGCUGCCUUUGAGCAACUCAAGCUCGAGAAGUCCGCCGCGCAUCAAGCACCCAAGAAGGAGGCAGCGGCUGCCACUCCCACGCAGCCUGUCGUCCGGGUCCAGGCAUACACAAAGCUCACCGAGGCGGAGAAGGACCACCUCAUUGCAUCCAACGGAUGCUUCUACUGCUGGCAGGAUGGCCAUAUGGUGGAGAACUGCCCCAACCAGAAGAGGAAGACGGAGAAGGGGGACUUGGAUGAGUUGCUCGCGUGGCUGCUUGCGCUGGGAGCGGAGGAGAAGGCAAAGCUCAAGGAGAGCUUGAAGGAUUUUUAA